AUGUACAAGGGAUUCAGGAUUGGCAAGAAGGAGUUUUGGUAUGCAUCGCCCAAGGUCCAGCUCUUCAUGGUCGCCAUGGUGUGCUUCCUCUGUCCCGGAAUGUACAAUGCGCUUGGCGGUUUGGGCGGCUCCGGGCUGAGCGACACCACGGCGCAAACCAACGCCUCAACAGCCCUGUAUUCUGUCUUCGCCGUUGUCGGUUUCUUUUCCGGCACAUUCGCCAACAAACUCGGUCUUAGGCUGACGCUGGCGCUGGGUGGUCUGGGAUACUCCGUCUACGCUGCCAGUAUCCUUUGCUUUAAGCACACCCAGAACAUGGGGUUCGUCAUCUUCGCCGGAAGCUUUCUCGGUCUUUGUGCCGGUCUGUUGUGGUGUGGUCAAGGCGCAAUCAUGAUGGCCUACCCACCUGAGCGCUCCAAGGGCCGUUACAUUUCAUGGUUCUGGAUCAUCUUCAAUCUUGGCGCUGUCAUUGGCGCCUUGAUCCCGCUCGGUCAGAACAUCAACAACACAGGCGGUGAUGCCACCGACGGCACCUUCGUUGGCUUCAUUGUGCUCAUGGUCAUUGGUGCCAUCCUUGCCCUCUUCCUUUGCAACGCCGACAAGGUGCAACGUGAAGACGGCUCCCACGUUAUCCUGAUGAAGAGCCCUUCCUGGCGCUCCGAGUUCAUCGGCUUAUUCGAGACCAUCACCACGGAUCCUAUGAUCGUUCUUCUGUUCCCCAUGUUCUUUGCUUCCAACAUCUUCUAUACGUAUCAGCAGAACGGCAUGAACGGCGCACACUUCAACGCUCGUGGCAAGUCACUCAACAAUCUUUUGUACUGGCUCGCGCAGAUCUUUGGUGCUGUUAUCUUCGGCUAUGCCCUCGACUACGCCAAGCUACGCCGUUCCGUGCGUGCCAAAGCAUCAUUGGUGGUUCUUUUCGCACUGACCUUCGUUAUCUGGGGAGGCGGCUACGCCUGGCAGAUUCAACAGGUCGAUCGGGCCGUCACCGAAGACGAGGAAUGGAAAAAGACCAAUACUUGGGACUGGGAGAAUGGUGGUGGCAGGCUCUUUGUUGGGCCCAUGUUCCUGUACAUGUUCUACGGAUUCUAUGAUGCCGCUUGGCAGACGUGCAUCUACUGGUACAUGGGCUCGCUUUCGAAUUCCGGUCGUAGACUGUCCAACUUGGCAGGUUUUUACAAGGGUAUUCAGAGUGCUGGUGCUGCCAUCUUCUGGCGUUUGGAUAAUCUGGGUACUGAGUAUAUGACGGAGUUCGCUGCUACGUGGGGCGUUUGUGCCGCUGCUCUCUUAAUUGCAGCACCCAUCAUUUUCCUUAGAAUUACUGAUACCGUCUCUAUCGAGGACGACCUGAAAUUCAGCGACGAGACCGUUGAAGAUGUCGCACCACAGGCUGUCCUGGAAGAAAGAGGUUUUGGGAAGGAAACAGAAGUUUAG